AUGUCUCGCAAUGGCACUAGCACUGCUACCAACCGAUCGCGCCAGAGAGACACCGACGAGACUCGAGCGGAAAGGAAGAGAAUCCAGGACCGGCUGGCCCAGCGAGCCACCCGCGAGAGGACCAAGAACCGCAUCGCUUAUCUCGAGCAGCGCCUGAGCAGUCUCGAGGCCGGCGACAAGCACGGAGAAGUGGCCAACCUGACUCGGCUCAUGGACAACCUGCGGAGUGACAAUCAGCGUCUCCGCAAUGCCUUGGUCAAGAUGCGCAGCACCCUCGACCAAGCCCUGCUGACUACCGAGGACCCGUCCAGCAACAACAAUGACGAUGAGAAUAAGGACCGACUAGCCAUCAAGGCGUGUGGGUGCAACGUACAGUCCGAAUGUGCCUGUGCCUGUGCACAAACACCAACAGCAGUGACCCCCACCACGCCGACUGCGUUCCAAGCCCCGACGACGCCCCCCUUUCCAAGCGUCCACAGUCGCCAUGACUCGGUCUCGACCGCCACCACGGAUGUGGCGGAGGUGAUGGUCGCUGACACCGUCGACACUAAAGCAUUCGACUCUGGCGUGGCCCUCGACGUGUCGCAGCCUUCGGACGACGGCGUGGCUGGGCUCACAGGCCUGGAAGACUUCUUCGACUUCAGCCCGACCUCGCUGCUAGAGGCGCUCGAGACGGGCACGGCGCCCUUCAGUGGCUGGACUUGGUCUGCCCAGACCCCGUCGCCGUUCGACUAUCACUACCAUUUCUCGUCAUCAGAUACGGCGAUCAAGACUGCCCUGGACGUGGAAAAGUGGCACGUGUCCAACGGCGCCUUCAUCACCUGUCUCGACGCUGUCAAGAAGCGCGCCUCCUCCACCGCCACCCUGGACCUGCAUGUGCCAUUCAAAGCCGCCAUCUGGGGAUGGGAAAGUGUCGGGCCCGAGGUCCAGCAUCCCGUAUGGAAUGCCUUGCGCCAGGUCGACCAGCGCGUCUUCGGCACUUGGACCUCCAAGGCACAACGCAUUGCCUUGAUGUAUGUCUGCCAAACGCUGAUCCAGUACCGCGAGAACCCGAGCAAGGAGAACUUGGAUAGAGUUCCUGUCUUUUUGCGACCGAGGCCGUCACAAGAGAAGAUCCAACACCCGGCAGUCAUCGACUUUUUGAUCUGGCCCGGCCUCCGCGACCGGCUUGUGUUUGAAUACGAGAAAUAUACUGCGACGGGCGCCUUUUCCGCCGCCUAUGUCGCCAACUUCCACUUCCACUGGCCGUACUCGGACCGCGACAUCUUCGCCUAUAACCCGCAGCACAACCGGUACGAAGUGUCGCCCAUAUUCUUGGAAUACGCGUACAACUUCAAGAACUGGACCAUGAAGCCCGGCUUCUUCAAGCAUUUCCCCGAAAUGCAGCAUGACAUUGCCGCCACCGAGGAGACGCUCGAUCUUCCACGAGCCACUUGGACGGUGUGA